AUGGGCCCACACACUCCUAGUAAAGCUCUUCCUAGGCCUGAGGAUAACCUUCCAUCCACCCCAAGCCCUCCCAAGCCUGCGUCGAUCCAGGAAGCAUUGACCCCCGUUGAAUAUGAACCGGAAUAUCACGAUGCCUACCUCUCCUCUCCCCUCAUGCGAAGACCACUCAACAACAACAUUCUUGAUCCAAAUGAGGCCAGCCGAGCGGAGAGAAGAAGAGUGAUCCGGGAUUCAAAUACGUUUGUCAACAGUCCGAGACCUCAUUCGAAUGGUACCUUCUCAUCGCCAACUCUCGUAGCUCCAGAUCUCGUCCUUCCACCAAUCGAUGAAUCUCGCUGUGAUCAUGGCCUUUCUCCAGAUGCCAACGGAAGCAGACAAUCUCUCCGCCUGCCGAGCCUAUCCUUCGACUUCGACCCCAAUGGCUUAGGUCGAUCCAUGUUGCCCCCAGAUAGUCCUCAGGAGGAAGUAGAUAGGGUGAGUGAGGGCGGCACAGAUGGCUCCAACGCACAGCCUCCACACGAGUUCGAGGUCCCCCAGGACACAAAGUGCGAGUUCAUCACUCCAUGUAAGAUGAAACCUUCCCCGGACGGUAUGCACUACCGCAAGGUCAUCUCGCAUAUUUUCGGCCGCAACAAAGCCACAACGAAGCUCUUUCCUUGCUGGGUUUGGACCCAUUACUGCCGGAAACACUACCAGCGUGCCAGAUAUCGCGCCGAUCAGUGGCCCUUCACCCAGUGCGAGCUCCUUCUGGAAUCACUGAGCCGCAUGGAAUCCUGGGGUGGUGUUCGUAGCUUCCAACUUGUCCUUCGUCGCCGUGAACAGCUUCGAAUAACCAAUGCAAACGCCGGGGGUCAGACACCUGGACGUGCUGAUCGUCUCUCAACUGGACGCAAGCACCCCACGGCAGUCACCUCGCCUGCCCCGGACUGGCUUCACCGUCGCACAAAUCGCGAGAUGAAUUUCGCCGACACCCGGCAGUUGAUCUUGAGGAUUCGCGCGUGGAUGGCUGAGGUGCGGGAGAAGGAGAAGAGCCGGCAAGCUGCAUCUUCUGGAAUUGGACAGCAUGGAUCUGGUGAACAGACUCGGGAGCGCCAGCAGCAAAGUCGUGUUCGCUUCCCGGAUGUUGAGAUUAUUCCUGUAUUUGAGCAUUGGGUCGUUGAUGAGGCCACUCAUCCAAGAAAUGAUCAAGGUCACGCUGAUAACGCUCGCAAUAGACAUGACCAUGCUGGUGAGGACAACGAGGAGGUUACUAAUGACCAGGAUGAUGCUCCUACUCCCGCUCCAGCACCUGCUCGUGAGAUCGGUAGGACUGGCACGGACAGUGGUCGAUCAGCCAGCCAGCGCCGCCGAUCCGAGCGCACUUUUACCAACCAGGUCUCUGGCGGGGUUUCCCGUGUCGACAACCAUGGUGCAGUGAAGAAGCCAAAUGUUGCGAAGCCAAAGAAGUGA